UAAACGCUUUUAAAAAACUUCUGACGUGUGCAAUUAAAGUAAAACAGUUCAGUGCUCCCAAAAAAAGUUAAAUACUGCACUAAAUUCUUUACUUAUUGCGAGCGGUUAAAGCAAACGAUAAUUAACUAAAGUCAGCGUUCUAGCAGCACAAACGGAGCCAUGAAAAUACCAGAAAAGAGUAGUUUUCUUAUAUACUCCUUGAGUAUAUUCUUUUGCUACUUUCUAUUCGGAAUUGUGCAGGAGAAAAUUACACGGGGGCGUUAUGGAAAUGAACCUAAUGAAGAUGGCAAAGUAGGUGAGCGAUUCACUUACGUUCUGGCGUUAGUAUGGGUGCAGUGCUUUUGUAAUUUCGUUUUUGCUAAAGGUAUGUUAUGGGCCAAAAAACCAAAGAAAGAGGAUCAAACACAUUCUGGAUACUAUGCUGUUAGUGCGCUAACCUACCUAUUAGCUAUGGUAUCGUCUAACAUGGCGCUGCGUUGGGUACCGUACCCAACACAGGUGGUGGGCAAAUCAGCCAAACCGAUUCCAGUAAUGAUAUUGGGUGUUUUAAUUGGUCGCAAGUCUUAUUCCUGGGUACGUUAUGCUUGCGUUACAACUAUAGUUGUUGGUGUAGUGCUAUUUAUGUACAAAGAAAGCCAAAUUGCACAUUUACCUAAAGAGACAACGGGUUUGGGAGAACUGCUGCUUUUCCUCAGUUUAGCUAUGGAUGGACUAACAGGUGCAGUGCAAGAGAGAAUGCGUGCUUCGAGCGCACCAUCCGGACAGCAAAUGAUGUUGGCUAUGAACUUUUGGAGCACUAUUAUGCUCAGUUUUGCUACUGUUUUGACAGGUGAAGCUAAAGAAUUCGUACAUUUUGCUACACGUCAUCCUGAACUAUGGAGCCAUUUAGCAAUGCUUGCAUUAUGCGGUGCUAUUGGUCAAUUAUUUAUCUUCCUAAUGGUUGCGAAAUUCGGACCACUAGCCUGCUCUGUGGUGACAACAACGCGUAAAUUCUUCACUGUGUUAUGUUCGGUUUUGCUCUUUGGAAAUGUGCUUAUUGCACGACAAUGGUUCGGCGCUUUGUUGGUAUUUGCAGCGCUGUUCUUUGAUAUGUUCUAUGGAAAGGGAAAUGACAAGAAAGCUGCAGCUGCAAAGAAAGCUGAAGGAGAUCUUGCGGAUGACAAGAAAAAGUUGAUAUCAUAGAAUUUAGAUGAAAUAGUAUAGACUUUAUAUUAUAUAUAAUAAAUAUUUUUUAAUUGCUGUAUAUAUCAAUGAUAUAUCUAAGACAUAACAUAUACAUAACUUCCAAAUUUACUUAAAUAGUGUUUUAUGCUGUAUGAAGUAAAAUUAUACUUAUGUGUGGUCUCUCUACUUUUAUCCAUAAAAGAAAUGAAAGUAGUAAUAGUGCUGUUGUACAAAUAAAAUAGCUAAAAAUAUAUGUGAAUUUGUUAAAAAUCACCAAA